CCAUUACAUUAAUGAAUGAGCAAACAGCAAGAGCGCCAACAAGCCAUUUCAAAUCUCAUCUGUGUCCUUUUGGCAGCGACCAGCGCCGAGAACUGACUUACUGAACUACUUGCUGGUCACCAGCGACUAUGAUAGCUGAUUCGUCUUCAGUGGUCUGGUCUCUCUAAUUCUCUCCGUCAACAUUGCCUGAACCCUAAUCUUUCACUGAUCGAAUCAUUUUUCGCUAGUCCACCCGAAAUUGUCCUACUCCGGUACGAGAAAUGCCGUUGAGAUCUAGCCAUGGACAGGGAGGCUAACCUUCCGAAGAAUAAUAUUGCACGUCCGAUCCUCAACUCUGACUCGACGUCGUCUUCUUCAUCUUCUUUCUCUUCCUCCUCCUCCCCGCCGGAAUUUCUCCGGCAUGUUCAGGCCGCCUUCAAGCGCCACCGCGCCCUAGGUACCAUGCAGACAAAUAGUCUAAUGCCUAGGCGGAUAUUGGUUCCGCAACGUGAUACAUCUCAAACUAGCGCAGCUUCUUCUGAUGUUUAUCCCAAGAAGUUUCAUGAUGUCAUCAAUCCAUCAAGUCAGGUUCAAUCUAGAAAAGAUUCAAGUUCAACUAUUAUGCACACCAAGAAUCCAGUAAUUGCUGUUGUUCGGGAAACUCCAGAAGAUGCAUCAAUUACUCCUCCUCCUAUCUCAGCCACCACCAUCACUAAGACCUUUGGAGAAAGUUUUAACGUCCAGAGAGAUCAAUCUAAAUCAGCUAUUGAAUGCAAAGAGAACAAUCCAAUCCCAGCGUCCUUUUCACAUGUAGAGUCUCAACAUGUUGACAGCAAGAGAAAGGUCCAAUUCUCAAUAGCAAACAAUGCUACUUCCCAGGGGGCCGAUCAUCAAAUGGCCACUGGAUUGGAGAACUUAUCUUCUUAUAUGAGUUCACUUGCAUUGACAGAAAUGGAAUGGGACGCAAGCAAUCCAGUUGAGGCAUUAAAUGUUAUCAAUGAGGAAUCAAAGCAUCGGAAUUUUCAGAACGUGGAUUCUGAUGUUUGUUUGAGGUCUGAUGGUGCAGGAUCUUUAUUGGCAAAAAGAACAAUGGCAGUUCAGGACCAACUGCACCAAUUACGAAACUUUUUAAGCCAACCUGUUACUCAAUCUUCAGUUAUUGGCACAUCAUGUGCCACCACAACAUCUGUCCAUUCUACUUCAGCACCCAUACUAAACUCAACAACCUACUGCUCUUGUUCACAUCCAGAAGGUGGAACUCAUGCGGCAGUAGAACCAGCGGUUGAGCCACUGGGAGAUUUAAAUGCAAGUUCUCAGCAUGCAAGUCAAAAAAAUAUGGAGCAGCUGUCUAAUCCUUCACUGAGGGACACAAGUGGGAUGCUAAUUGACCAGACAUCUAUUGCGGCCCAACCUUCUACAUCCGUUAUAAAUGCUCAAAUUAAGGAACAUCCUGUGCCUAGAGAAAAUGAAGGCCGUCUGGCUAAGGGAACUGACAUUCCCAAGAAUCCUUCUUAUGUUUGUGAAAAGCCAACUAAAGAGCGAGUAUCAGCAGAUGAUGUUACUGAUGUACAGCCUCAGGAUCCAUCAUCCAAAAACCCACCUUCAGAUGUAAAGUUGGAGUCUUCUAAACCAGAAAAACAAGAAAAGGUUACAGGUGGUAAAGGUGCUUCAGUGCCUCGUAAAAAGAAUUAUGAUCCUGACUUGUUCUUUAAAGUUAAUGGAAAGCUCUAUCAAAGGCUUGGUAAGAUAGGCAGCGGAGGAAGCAGUGAGGUCCACAAAGUCAUUUCUUCUGACUGUACAAUCUAUGCACUCAAGAAAAUCAAGCUCAAGGGUCGUGACUAUGCAACUGCAUAUGGUUUUUGUCAGGAGAUCUUGUACCUCAACAAAUUGAAGGGAAAGAACAACAUUAUACAGUUGAUAGACUAUGAGGUGACAGACAAAAGUUUGCUCCGUGAAGUGAUGAAUGAAUCCAUGAGUAAUAAGGAUGGGAGAGUUAAGGAUGAUGGUUACAUAUACAUGGUCCUUGAAUAUGGGGAAAUUGAUUUGGCUCAUAUGCUGUCGCAGAAAUGGAAGGAAAUGGAUAGCGCCUAUCAGACCAUAGACGAGAAUUGGCUCAGAUUUUACUGGCAGCAAAUACUUCAGGCUGUCAACACCAUACAUGAGGAACGCAUAGUGCACUCUGACCUGAAGCCAGCUAAUUUUCUUCUUGUCAAAGGUUCUCUGAAGUUGAUUGAUUUUGGUAUCGCUAAAGCCAUAAUGAGUGAUACAACCAACAUCCAAAGGGAUUCACAGGUGGGUACACUAAGUUACAUGUCUCCUGAGGCUUUCAUGUGCAAUGAGUGUGAUGCAAAUGGAAACACCAUAAAGUGUGGUCGGCCAUCAGACAUUUGGUCGCUUGGCUGCAUACUUUACCAAAUGGUAUACGGGAGAACCCCUUUUGCUGAGUACAAGACUUUCUGGGCAAAGUUCAAAGUUAUAACAGAUCCAAACCAUGAAAUAACUUAUGAAUCAGUUCCCAACCCAUGGCUUCUUGAUCUUAUGAAAAAAUGUCUAGCCUGGGAUCGCAGUGAAAGAUGGAGAAUUCCUCAACUUCUCCAACACCCUUUUCUCGUUCCUCCAAUCCCUACCCAACUAUCCAUUCCUAAAGAGGAAGACUGUAAGCUGCUUCAACUUGUUGCUGAAGCUUGUGCUGAUAAUCAGGAAGCUUCUAAGCUCUGGUAUGACAUACGACAACUACUUAAGGAUCCAAUUGCAUCUCUAACAUCUCAGUCAUUAACAUCACAAAACCAGCAGUGUAAGUUGUUGUCCCAAAUGUCUAUGCUUUGCUUUCAACUGAGGGAAUGUCUGUCAAAGUUGGAGAGGGAAUAGAAAAGAUUAUUCAACUGUAAAAAUAUGUCGAGUCCUUGGAGGGAUUAUCAGAAAAUUAUGCGUAAUCCUUCUAUUCCAGUUGUUUGUAAUAUGUAAUCGUCCAUCCAUGUUGCACGUUAUUGUGUCUGAGUAAGAGGAGUUGCAUUAUGCUCAGCUCCUAAUGUAUAACUUACAAAGCGGAAACUCAUUUAUGGAAGAUAACGUGGUACAUACUACAUUUUCUGCUCAA